AUGCUUCUGAAUCCGUUCCGACCAUGCGAGGGCUCGCCAACCUUCCAAGAGGAAUAUCGGGGCAGCUACGUACCAAAGGUUAUCGAAAUAGAACUUGGCCUCCAGGUUGUGGCGCCGGAUACUCUAUACGUGGCAGCGGCCGGCCGAAACCAGUUAUACUUCAACACCCAGCUCGAUACUGAGACUGCAAAGCAUGUGAAGGAACAAAUCGAGAAAGCAUCUGUGCCGAAACCGGACGAGUAUAUCGCUAUAGACGAGGUUUUUGCUACGGCAGAAAUAAAAAACCAUGUGACCGGCGAAACGACAUUCGUGUUUGACCCCGCCUAUGCUAGGGUGCUGUUUGCAAAGGGAAUGAAUAGGCACAACCCAGAGCUCAAACUGCCUGAGCCUGAGCCCGCCGGCGAUUGGUUGGUGACCUACGACCUGGACAAUAUACUUAUGAAGCGGGCUGAUUCCCGCGACGAUCUUGGCUUUGGCAACUGUCGGAUCUGCGACCACUAUAGGGGUAACAACGAGUCCACCGUCCACUAUGACCAACCGCCAACUAAUGCUAUCGGUAUAUGUCACCCUAAACUUUGCUCGAAGGCUGUCGACACAUUAAAGGAAGAUGGGGAGACGGAAGCCAGCUACUAUGAACGGAUGGACAAGUUGCACUGGACGUAA